AUGUAUCCGGUUGGAGUUAUUAUAAUAGAUCCAUGGUUGGAUCUGGUGUCAUGGUGCAGACCACGCCUGGUCGCCUACGUCACUGCCGACCCGCCCCUGCUGUGGCCACAUGUCUCUGCUGCAGGAUUGUUUUCCCCGAAUAGUCGCGUUUGGAAAUGUUUGCACUCUCUGGGCAGGAGCCAAUCGCGGCACAUGAGCGCUGGAUCCGCAGCUCACGGUCCUGUCAAGUUAAGAGGCCGCAGCUUCCUGACUUUAAAAGAUUUUGGUUCCGAUGAGAUCAAGAAGUUGUUGUGGGCGUCAGCAGACAUCAAGCAUCGCAUCAAACAAAACAAGGAGCAUCUGCCUCUUCUGCAAGGAAAGUCAAUUGCAAUGAUAUUUGAGAAGAGGAGCACCAGGACAAGAAUGUCUACUGAAACAGGAUUUGCUUUGCUUGGAGGGCACCCUUGUUUCCUCACUUCCCAAGACAUUCACCUCGGAGUGAACGAGAGCUCGACAGACACAGCCAGAGUGCUCUCGGGGCUCUGUGACAUCGUCUUGGCCCGAGUGUACAGUCACGCCACACUGGAGGACCUCGCUAAAGACACUUCCAUCCCCAUCAUCAAUGGUCUGUCUGACAUGUACCACCCCAUUCAGAUAUUAGCGGACUUCCUCACUCUGCAGGAGCAUUACGGGUCUCUGAAUGGACUGACUCUGAGCUGGAUUGGAGAUGGAAACAAUGUACUCCACUCUUUCAUGAUGACUGCAGCCAAACUAGGAGUUCACCUUAAGAUUGCAACACCAAAGGGUUACGAGCCGGAGCAGAGUGUGAUUCAGGAGGCACAGCGACUCUCCGCAGAGUUUGGGACCCAGCUGGUGCUGACCUCAGAUCCAAUGGAAGCGGCACACGACAGUAAUGUCCUGGUCACAGACACCUGGGUCAGUAUGGGCCAAGAGGAGGAGAAGAGGAAGAGGCUCAAGGACUUCGAAGGUUACCAGAUAACUAUGAAGACUGGAAGCGUGGCCAAACCAGACUGGACUUUCCUCCACUGCCUCCCGAGGAAAAGUGAGGAGGUGGACGACCAUGUGUUCUACUCGUCUCGCUCGCUGGUGUUCCCUGAGGCCGAGAACAGGAAGUGGACCAUCAUGGGUCUCAUGGUUUCACUUCUGACGGACUACGCUCCAAAGAUGCCGAUGUUGAAGUUUUGA